AUGUGUCUCACAGACGAGCGCAAGUUCCCCUUCUUCUCCCUCCCAGCAGAGGUGAGAUGUAUGGUUUACCGCGCAAUCCUGACCAUGACCAGCACCAUCACCAGAUCCACCAAAGAGCAUCUUAAAAAUGACAAGCAACCCACGCAAGCCUCCCAGCAGCUCGAACAAAUAACGAUUUUCAACAACCUUGCCUUGUCCUGCAAACAAAUCCGCAACGAGCUAUUCUACGAGCACGUCGCCUACGUCCUUCCUCUCACGCAGGUCCAUCUAGGCAGCGCCUACCGCACCCCCACACCUUCAGCCCUAGCUUUAACCAACCAUAAAAUACUCCAACAGCUACAGUUCUCGGCUUUCCUCACGCAGCACAUCUACCACCUUAAGACCCUGGAGAUCGUUUUCACUGAUCCUUUCUAUCUCCCUAUUCAGCAACUCACGAGCGCGACCGCGAGCGGGUCAGUGCUGCCGGGUUCAGGUCCGGGUGUGGCCGAGGAGGAGGCCGAGGAGGGGGUCGAGGAGUGGAGUGACAGUGAUAAUAACAGUGACGAGGGUUACUAUGAAUUCGCGCACUUCUUUUGCAGUUUCUGCUGGGAAGAUCUAAUGACGCUGCCGCCGACUUUGAAGAAGGUGAUCUUCCGGGUGUGGUGCCGUAAGGAUCCGGAUGAUGAAAUUCAUCCUGCUGCCGUUUAUGAGACCUGGGAAGUCACACAGUGGUAUCAUAGGAGGAGAGUCGAAGAGGAGCAGUAUGAGAGGACUGGGAUUUGGGAGAGAAUGGAAGAGGAGUAUAAGGAUGGCGAUGAGAGCAAGGAAAUGCAGGAGUAUAAGAUUGAGUACCAUGUUGGUGCUAUCGACGUUGAGUGGCCUUUUUCAGAAAGGAUCUGAAGCACUACGUCUUCGGCAGUAGAGGGAGAGGGGGUUUCUUACUGCUGCUUUAUUUCCUUUGAUUUCGAGUCCUUUUCGUAAACCUACUUCAACUUCAAAAUUCUUCUCACCUGAAUUUGGUUUCCUGUCACGUUAUGCCUCUGAAAAGGAUAUAUAUGACCGAAUCAAUUCCGCAUCAGUUUCACAAAGUCCGGCCGUACCCCUAUCGACAAGGACACGGGCACUAUAUAGCAUGUUUGGGCUGAAGUCAGGAAGAAAUUGCUUCAUCGAUGAGCAUAGACUCUCAAGCCUCUACCGAAUAUCUGAAUGCUUUGGCAAGGCGACUGGUAUGUUGGAUACCUACCUACUCAAAAAGGGCACAAGCAAUACACUCGGUCUUUGGGAAU